UUGAGCUGCACUCGAAAGGGAAAGGAAACGCCGACAGACUUCUCCAUUCCGAACCCUCAUCCCGUCUUUAGCAGCACCGUCUCAUCGAUCGGAAGCUUCGAGGCGUCCGCUGCUCGAUUCCAGGGUUUCUUGGUCGGUCUCUGGCUCCCCGCUGCCGCACAGUCCGCCGCUCACCGGGAGGAAUCUGCUUCGUGUCAAUCCAGGCGCCAGAUUUAUCGAACCCGACUGCACGAAGUUGAUAGCAAGCUAGCUAGCUAGCCACCUAGCUAACUCGUAGCUAGCUCACUUGCUAACUAGCUUGCAGUGCUGGUCGGGUAGACGUUUGUUUUAUUUUGGAGACAGUUUUGGGGCGUUUUUUCUUGUCUCUGCGGCUGUUUCCUUCUAAUCUGAUUCACGGUGAAGUUUGAAGCGGGAGCUGCUCGUCCAUAGCUCAUCACCGCCUGCUAGCUAACUAGCUAACACCCUGCGCAUUUAGCCUGGAAGCCAGCGGAAGGCCUCAGCCACCAGCCGCCUCUUCCCCCUCAGUGUUGGCUUCGCCGUGCAGUGAGAGCUGACAGCUUCCUUGGUGACACAGCGACUUCUCCCUGAGGAGCCAAGAAGCAGACGGCUCAUGACUUCUGACCAGGACACGAAAGUUGUAGCUGAACCACAGGUGCAGCAAGUUCAAGAGGCAAAAGAGAACGCUCAUUUGGAAUCCGCCAAGGUUUCAGACCUGAACCCCAAUGCCAAAGCAUGGGCCAACCACAUGUUUAGCCUGGACCCCAGUGGGACUCCCGACACCACGCCUGCUGCCCUGCAGCCAUGGAAGGAAGGCUGCAAUAGUUCGGCCGACCCUGGCCCUGAAGGCUGUGAAGCCAGUGAGGACAAGCCCCCUCUAACCCACCCAGAUGAGCCUCCACCGGUCCCAGUAAUGCUGGCCGAGCCGGCUCCCGUGGCCGUGACCCUGGAGAGCUCCGAGUCCACCUACACAGAAUACCCCGAAGCUGGGCAGCCAGGGCACACAGGCAGCGACUCCCAGCCUGAAAACCCCCAGGAGGGCCUGAGGGAGCACCUGAAGAAGACCCUGGAGUUCUGUCUGUCCAGGGAGAACCUGGCCAGUGACAUGUACCUCAUCUCCCAGAUGGACAGCGACCAAUAUGUGCCAAUCGUGACGGUGGCCAACCUGGACCAUGUCAAGAAGCUCAGCACCGACGUGGAGCUGAUCGUGGACAUUUUACGAUCUCUGCCCGUUGGUCCAGGUGGAUGAGAAGGGGGAGAGGUGCGACCCAAUCAGAACCGCUGCAUCGUGAUCCUCAGAGUUCCAGAGAGCACGCCUAUAGAGGGGAAACAUUUGGCCAGGAUAAAGGCGAAGGCAAUCGCUAUCAACACUUUCAUGCCAAACGGUUACCGGCCGGUGGAGGACCCAUACGCCCAGCAACGCUACACGUCCUACUACAUCCUCCGGGUUUACAGCCCUCAGCAACAGUUCCCUCUGUACAGCCUCAUCACACCGCAGGCCUGGUCGGCCACUCACAGCUUCAUCGACCCCACGCUGGUAAGAACCAGAAGAUGAGGUUGCUCCAUUCACAACAACCAGUUCAUCAACGGAUUCACGACUCACAGUUUCAAACCAGCGUCGCCACUCACCGUCAGACACUUCUCACCCGAAAACAGGAAUCACAGUAAACCUCACCUGAGGCCGACCCUCCCAACGGCGGAUCGCAGCGGCCUCCUGGACAACCCGACUCUGUUUCCCAGCUUCCCCAGCGAAGGACUGAACGCUCCGCAGCAGCCCGCCGACCGACUCCCCGGCGGCCAGGCCAGGACCCGGCUGCCCCCCGCCACGGCCUUCCCCCGCAGAGACACGGUGGACGGCCGGGUGACGGAGCCCAGCAGCACGACUACUCCCUGGGCCUCGGCCAGAGGAAGGAAAAAGAGGGACGAAAAAGUUUUACAAGUGACGCCUCCGUCGCCGCCGCCGCCCAAACCUCCGUCUCCGAGCUUUGAGCUGGGCCUGUCCAGCUUCCCUCCGCUGCCUGGAGCCGCCGGCCAGCUGAAGACCGACGACGUGUUCGACAACCGGCUGGCCAGCAGCGUGGUGGUGGGAACCGCCAAGGAACGGAACGUCAGCGCUGACUCCAGCAGUGGAGGAGUUGUUUCUCCGGCCGGUCCUAAGGAGCCUCUCCGGUGCUCCACCUCCCCGAUGCCCACCAGCUUGCAGCCCUCGCCCACCGCCACCACCCCAACCCCAACGCUGAGCCCCGCCUCCGCCACGCCACAUAGCCCCGCCCCUCCAUCCCUGGAGGUGAAGGUGACGGAGGUGAAGCCGAAGGAGGUGCAGCUCUCCGUGGAGCGAGUUCCUGGCACUUUGUCCACCGCGAGCAAAUCAGUGCAAGUCAACGGAGCCGCCACAGAGCUGAGGAAACCUUCCUACGCUGAGAUCUGCCAGCGGGUCAAAGACGCUCCGACAUCACAGCCGCAGACCCCCAAGGAAGCUAAGCCAGCCUGCAGCGCCCCCACAGGCGAGGAGAGGAAGUGUGCUGAUGCCUCCACCCCCCCAGGGGAGGCCAAGGCCAGAGAGACUUACCACCCCUCCUCCAAAGCCGGCCCUGCGACUCCAGCCAGGCCCCCCAAGGAGGCCCGGAGGCCGGCCGCGUGGGCGUCUCCUCCUCCACAUCCAGGGAAACCCCCCAGCAAGGAUCCCCACCACACCCCCCCCAAGUCCCCCCAGUAGGGAGAGUUAAAAAGGAAAUAACGUCAGGGCUACCAGAACCACCAUCACUAGAGCAUCGAGGACGCCUUCUCUCUGGAUCAGGGCCUGCAGACAAAAAGCACUUUACUGUGCAUGUAGAGCACCGUUCAUCCUUUUACUCUAUUUAUUUGCUUUCUUUUAAUUUCCUCUUUUAUUUUUCCUCCUCUGUUUUUGCAUCAGCCUGUAAACAGACCAACACUGAGUUCAUCCAGAUGUUUGAGCAGACUGAGGCUUGUCUGCGUGUCCACUGGCAGCUUCAUGUAGCUUCUUCUUUAUCUCAUCGCAUCCAUGUGCAACUUAACAGUGAAAAUCUCAUCACAGAGGGACUCGGUGAUUAUUGCCGUGCAGAUUUAUUUACACUACUUCAGUGAGUUGCUCUUUUUCACAGCUUUG